CUGCUCGCCUACCCGCGCCUAGCCUCGCUAUCCAUUCCAUUCCCAAGUUCCUUCCCGUCCACUUGCAGCUUGCCAUUGUCCGUUGUUCGUUGUCUCCAUGUCUCCAAGGGUGUCUGUCUCUUCACCCUCCCCAACAUAAGGCCGGCACAAGCCAAUACCUGUAUUUUUACAUUUCCUCACGCAAAAAGAGGACAACGACAGACGUAGACCCGUCUCCGUCUUCUGUCCAUUCCCACAAAGUCGCUUGCUUUCCAUUCCAGUUUACUUUUAAUUCCGUUUCUGGCAUCCUCUUCACUGCGCCUCCGACGACCUUCCCAAGUUCCACCCAUCGCGAAUCGAGUUGGCGUAUCCGUACUCCCCUUCCUACCUAUGCGCCACACUUCGCCCACGAUGGAUUCACCCCAGUCUUGCGACAAGGCUACCACUACCACCUCCGAGCCCGCACCCAAACCUCUCGGCUUUCUUGACCUUCCUCCCGAGACCCAAAAGGACAUCUUCAGCCAUUGCUGCCAAAGCGACCUGAUUUGCCUCUCCCUCGUCUCCAGACACUUUCGCGAACUCGCUGCCGCCCAGCUAUACCGCAACUUUCACAUCGUCUUUCCCGAUGAAGAUGAUCCAUCAUUCGAUUCACCCAUCGACAGCCUGGCUGGUGGCCUCGACACCUUCGUAUCGAGCGAAUACGACUAUGCCCAGCAUCUUCGUGAUAUUUCCCUCGAUACCCUCAGCGCGGGCGACAAGGCCGAAGCUGCAUAUAAGCCAUACUUGUACAGCGCCAGCUGCGGCAAGUUCAUGAACACAUUGCUAUUUCUCACCCUCAAGAAUGCAAAGUCCCUCGAGACCUUCAGGUGGAACAUCCGAGUCGAGCUAAGCCGGCCUGUGUACAAGGCGUUACACCAGAUUGCGACCCUCAAGAACCUCCACAUCCGAAUGCAAGCCGGGCCGUCCCUCUUCGAGAUCCCCCCUCCACUACCGUAUUCGACGAAUCUACCGCCGCCUACAUCCACUCAAGGUCAUUGGGACCCGUUGCCGGCCUUUUCCUCGAUACCGCCCCCGCCUCCUCCUUUCGCAAGCAUGUCACUGAACGUCCCGCCGCCGUACAAUCCAUCUUCUCUCAGUUCUCACCCACCCUUACCGCCUGCGUUGAAGCCGACGCCCCGAAGUAGGCGUAGGACGUCCGCCCACGAGCCCGCAACGUUGGGCGGGUUCCGCAAGCUGAAUUCUUUGGUGGUUCUCGACAUCGAUACCUUGGAUACAGUUACAGAGAUCAAGUCAUGUGUGCGCAAUUCGGCGUCUACCUUGACGAAACUGAAAUUGUCCUUCUCGACGUAUCUUGCUCUGCAAUCGCGAAAGCCGCCUCCGGACACCGAUCCUGACGACUCGGACCAGGAUGACGAGUUCCAAGUCGUUCCUCUUCCAUCAGCGCCCGGUUGGGAUGAAGCGAGUGGGCCGGCAAAAGCGUUUCGCGCGCAAGAGGAGAGGAAAAGUCAGGAGUCAGUUUUGGGCAGGAUCUUUGACGUGGAGCCAUUCCUGGCAAAGAAGUCACAGCAUCGCAAGAGUCUGAAAGGGAAGGCCAAAAUUGAUAAUCCGGCUAAUACGCAAGAGGCUGGCUCACCCGCCGAAGCCUUCAUGAACAGGUUGCGAGAGGUCUCGGGUAAACUGAUGGCAAGCGUGGCGGAGGGCGAUACAGAUGACGGGUCAAAGCAAGAAAUCCUAGAGAUGAUCGAGAAAGCCAGCCGGAAGUAUUUGGAAGCAGAGGAGGCGAAAACGGCGACGGAGGCAGCGAGAGAGAAAGAAAACACGACAUCAGCUGAAGCGUGCUCUUCCACUGGUGCGGGAUCGUCGUCCGCCGCGACAACAAGCGUUCAGCCGGCGACAACUGUCGAGGUUUCGAGUGCUUCUACUGCCGGGACAGAUAUCAGCGCCAAGACCAAGACCACACCGGCAGCCGAUUCUAACCCCGAGGAUAUCAACGUGGAAGAGCCCAUUGCUGCUGACGAGGCUGAGGCGAUCGAACGGGUUCAGGCUGUCGCUCCCGAGACGAGCUCGUCAGUUCAAGAACCUGCAUCGCCUACCACGGUGCGAGCAAAGGCCGCGUUGGAAGCUCAAAAGGCGAACUUUGAAACACUGGUUGCUCGUCUACAGCACUUGUUAUCCGAAGCCACAAGUCUCCAGGAGAAACUUGAGGACUUGCGAAACACGACGAGCGCUUUCGACCGGGACCACAUUCGAUAUGCCGAGAAUCAGUUGCAGGGCUUCUACCGCGAUAUUGAGAACGUUCGGUCCGAGCUGAAUGCGACUGAAGCAGAGAUUCGUGAAGUAGAGAAGCAAGUCAACGGCAUAGCCACGACAGCACAUAGCGAGGACGAAAGAAUCAGCGAGUAUAUCCGGGCGACCAGAGGCGUCGCUCUGCGAUCCUUUAGUGUUCACCUCAUCCCAGUCAAGGCCUCUGUCUUCAAGGCAGCCAUUGACGUGAGAGUGCUAAAGAGGCUGACGUUGCUAAAUGUCGGCAAUCAAGCUCCCAUCUGGACUAUGUUGACCAAGGAAAACAAGGCACAGCCGCUCCCCUUACGCAAGAUCUUCACGGAUAACGUGUCCAUGCCUUUCCUGACAUUUGCAUCGCAAUUGGAGCAGAUCACCGAAUUGUUCAUGCUUGAGCGGUCGUCCAAGUACAAGCCCGAGAGCUUCGCGCCCAAGACCAAUGUCAUCAUGGACCAGAUCCGCCGUCUUGUUCUCAAGAAGCACAUGCCGACACUUACUCGACUGAUGAUCAAGAACGAUUCUCAAAUGAGCUGGGAUCUGGAUGAGAAGGCCAUGCUGCUCAUUUGCAACCGCGGAAAGCAUCUCGAAGAGCUUGCGGCCUCGCUUGGCAUUCGCGCCAUGCACACAUUCAUGCAACACCUCGGAGGGCUGGUAAGCCUUCGAGCUUUAAACGUAAUCUCGUUCAGAAACGAUGAUACCUGUGUCUGGGUGAUGCGCGAGACCCGCAAGUUCCUCGUCGAUAACCUUAGCCACCACCCCCACAUGAAGCUCGAAUGGAUCUCAAUCGACGAUGACCGGGUUGAGCGCAUCAUCCGCCCACCACCACAGACCCCGGCUGCCAAAGCCGAAGAGAAGAGAAACAAGAAGGGCAAGAGUAAGCCUGCUGGCUCUGCUUUUGGCGCCUUUGGUGGCCCGGGCACCUCCACUGGCUCAGGUGCCCCGGGUAGCUUCCCACCGCUGCCUAUGCCGGGAUGGGAAACGGAUAGCGACAGCGACGAUGAAGACACCGAUAUAAUUGCCAACACCAAGCUGGAAACCGUUGAAGGCGUCCAUUUUUAUGAUGUUUGGGACGUCCGUAUUUUCAAGAAGGAAAUCAUGGCCGGAAGGCUGUGAACGAAGGCCCCGAAUGUUGAGGAAGAAGUUGUCAACGGAGAGCAGGAGAGAGACACGGGGCUGAAAAGAGUGUUGGAAAACCCGUGGGCUUGGAAAGAAUAUGUAGCAGACGAAACGGCGUUCAUUGGUUUCACUUGGAUGGGGUUCAUAUGGGCAAUACCCGGCACUAAAGGGAAUCAAGGCCUGGCGCAUUAAGGUACGGGAAAUGGGGUAUUAUGGGAUAUCUUCGGGCUGUCCCAAUCUACCCAUGGCGUAAAGUAGCGAC